CCUUUCCUGACGAUUCUGACAUGGCGGAGGAGAGUAGUGAUUCUCAGCUGAGAAGGAGAAGGCGCCGGGAGCCAGAGGAACCGGAAAAAACGGAACUUAGCCAAAGACAGCUUGCAGUGGCAGUGGCCCAAGAGAACGAUGAAGAGAAUGAAGACUGCUGGGUUGGGCCUUUGCCUGUGGAGGCAACACUGGCCAAGAAGAGGAAAGUUCUAGAGUUUGAAAGAGUCUAUCUGGAUAAUCUCCCCAGUGCAUCCAUGUAUGAGCGCAGUUACAUGCAUAGAGAUGUUAUCACCCAUGUGGUGUGCACCAAGACAGAUUUUAUUAUCACUGCCAGUCAUGAUGGACAUGUUAAGUUCUGGAAAAAAAUAGAAGAGGGAAUUGAAUUUGUUAAACAUUUUCGUAGUCACCUAGGAGUUAUUGAGAGUAUUGCAGUUAGCUCUGAGGGAGCAUUGUUCUGUUCUGUGGGUGAUGAUAAAGCAAUGAAGGUGUUUGAUGUAGUGAACUUUGACAUGAUCAAUAUGCUGAAGCUUGGCUAUUUUCCUGGACAAUGUGAAUGGAUCUAUUGUCCAGGGGAUGCCAUAUCUUCAGUUGCUGCUUCCGAGAAGAGUACUGGAAAAAUUUUCAUUUAUGAUGGUCGAGGAGAUAACCAGCCACUUCAUAUUUUUGACAAACUCCAUACAUCACCUCUUACUCAGAUACGGUUAAACCUAGUUUACAAAGCAGUAGUGUCUUCUGAUAAAUCUGGAAUGAUUGAAUACUGGACUGGGCCUCCUCAUGAAUAUAAAUUCCCUAAAAAUGUGAACUGGGAAUAUAAAACUGAUACAGAUUUGUAUGAAUUUGCCAAAUGUAAGGCUUAUCCAACCAGCAUAUGUUUUUCACCAGAUGGGAAGAAAAUAGCUACUAUUGGUUCUGAUAGAAAAGUUAGAAUUUUCAGGUUUUUAACUGGAAAACUCAUGAGAGUCUUUGAUGAAUCACUGAGUAUGUUCACUGAAUUACAGCAGAUGAGGCAACAGCUGCCAGACAUGGAAUUUGGCCGACGAAUGGCUGUGGAACGUGAGUUAGAGAAGGUGGAUGCCGUAAGAUUAAUUAAUAUAGUUUUUGAUGAAACUGGACACUUUGUGCUAUAUGGAACAAUGCUGGGCAUUAAAGUUAUAAACGUAGAGACAAACCGGUGUGUGCGGAUCUUAGGCAAGCAAGAAAAUAUUAGAGUGAUGCAAUUAGCUUUGUUCCAGGGAAUAGCCAAAAAGCAUCGUGCUGCAACUACUAUAGAGAUGAAAGCUUCUGAAAACCCUGUUCUUCAGAAUAUUCAAGCUGACCCAACAAUAGUCUGUACAUCUUUCAAGAAGAAUAGAUUCUAUAUGUUUACCAAACGAGAACCAGAAGAUACAAAAAGUGCAGAUUCUGACCGAGAUGUUUUUAAUGAGAAACCUUCUAAAGAAGAAGUCAUGGCAGCUACUCAAGCUGAAGGACCUAAACGAGUUUCAGAUAGUGCCAUAAUCCACACAAGCAUGGGAGACAUUCACAUCAAACUUUUUCCUGUUGAGUGCCCUAAGACAGUGGAAAACUUCUGUGUUCACAGCAGAAAUGGUUAUUAUAAUGGGCAUACAUUUCACCGUAUAAUUAAGGGCUUCAUGAUUCAGACAGGAGAUCCAACAGGUACUGGUAUGGGAGGAGAAAGCAUAUGGGGAGGAGAGUUUGAAGAUGAAUUUCAUUCAACAUUACGACAUGACAGACCAUAUACACUUAGUAUGGCCAAUGCUGGAUUGAAUACCAAUGGAUCCCAGUUUUUUAUAACAGUAGUACCAACGAUUUUUUGAAGUACUCUUGUAUUUACAAUACAAACUUCUAGUAUCACUAUCUCAUUUUCAGUAAUAGAUGAGCAAACAGUGAGACAUUAACUUGUCAGCGGUCAAGUAAGUAGCAGAACUAGCAUUUGAACUCCCACUGUCUAAUGCCAAAGCAUGUGCUGCUUAAACUAUUACAAACUGCCUCUUAAUUGUUCAGGUAAGAUUCCUGCAGAGAACUUUUAAAGCCUUAGCCAUAAUUCUUUCAGCCAUGCAAAGUAUCUUACCCUUAGCAAACAUCUUCCAGCAGCUCCCUUUGGUCUGAAAGAUGUACAUACUUAAUUAAACAUUAUACUGUGAUUUUAUAUUUUCUCAUGUAAACCAAGAAUCACUUAGAGACGAAAGCUAAGUUUUUAUUGCUAAGGAAUUAUUGUACUUCUUUUUAAAUAUAUAAUAAAAAAUAAAGCAUAAAUUUAAAUUCUCUUUAGUUUGCUCACCCAGAGGGUGUGAUUUAAGAAAUCUGAAUAUACCAAGAUUUUCUGUUUGUCUUGAAAACAGCCUUGGCUUGAUAAUAAGCACACAGUAUUUGGACGAGUGACUAAAGGAAUGGAAGUUGUACAGAGGAUCUCCAAUGUCAAAGUCAAUCCCAA